AUGGCGUACCCCUGCUGGACAGGGCUGGUGUAUGGAGGCGGCAGUGGCCUCCCACUGCUGCUGCCUGGUAUCUUCAUCUCCACUUCCUCUGGUGUGGCUUCCCGUGAUGAUCAGCUGAACUCAGAAGAGAAGAAGAAAAGAAAGCAGAGAAGGAACAGGACUACCUUCAACAGCAGCCAGCUCCAGGCAUUAGAGAGGGUCUUUGAAAGGACACACUACCCCGAUGCCUUUGUACGGGAAGACCUCGCACGCAGAGUCAACCUCACUGAAGCCAGAGUUCAGGUGUGGUUCCAGAACCGGAGAGCCAAGUUUCGCCGGAAUGAGAGGGCCAUGCUGGCCAGCAAGAACGCCUCUCUGCUCAAAUCCUACUCAGGGGACGUGACCGCCGUGGAGCAGCCCAUAGUACCUCGCCCAGCUCCGAGACCCACUGACUAUCUCUCCUGGGGUACUGCCUCGCCUUACAGCGCCAUGGCCACCUACUCUGCCACGUGUACCAACGCCAGCCCGGCGCAGGGCAUGAAUAUGGCCAACAGUAUUGCCAACCUGAGACUGAAGGCAAAGGAAUAUAGUUUACAGAGGAAUCAAGUGCCCACGGUCAAUUAACGACUAGAGGCAGCUGCCUUGCAGAAGGAGAAAAUACAACAGCACCCGUCCUGCUUCGCAACUUGUUUGUGCUGAAAGAAAAAAAAAAAAAACUCAAA